GAAUCCGCGCCGGUAGGAGCUGGGGAGCGCGAUAUUUAACUUUAUUAGGGUGUAUGCUUUGUUACUGGGAGGACGAAGAGACACCACUAGACUAAUUUUAUUAUUUUCUCGAUAGGUCAGAGGUUUGUUUAAGUAAAAUAUGGACUGUUUGGAUGUUCCGAGAAUCCUCCCCACCUCCCCGCAGAAAGCAAGAGGACAAAUCCAGGUCAUUUUUGGACCGAUGUUUUCAGGAAAAAGCACUGAACUGAUGCGGAGAGUGCGCCGUUUCCAGAUCGCCCAGUAUAAAUGCUUGGUGAUUAAAUAUGCCAGAGAUACACGCUAUUCAGAGGAUGGCAUGGCCACACACGACAAAAACACAAUGGCAGCAGUGCCAGCCAAUCAGCUGAGAGAUGUCCGGUCUCUGGCGCUGCAAGCAUGCGUCAUAGGAAUUGAUGAAGGCCAGUUUUUCCCAGACACAGUGGAGUUCUGUGAGGAGAUGGCCAAUUUAGGCAAGACCAUCAUUGUAGCUGCCUUGGAUGGGACCUUCCAGAGAAAGCCAUUUGGAAAUAUUCUGAACCUGAUCCCUCUGGCGGAGAGUGUGGUGAAGCUCAACGCCGUGUGUAUGCAGUGUUACAAAGAAGCUGCCUACACCAAGAGGCUAGGAGCAGAGAAGGAGGUGGAGGUGAUUGGUGGAGCUGACAAGUACCAGGCAGUGUGUAGGAAGUGUUACGGGGGUCUAAUGGGGGACAAGGAGAACAGCGCUCCCCUGCGGCAUGAAACUCCACCGCAAACACUCACAGGGAAACAGGACUGCAAAGUUCCCAGGAAGCUCUUCUCCUCACUCCACCUCUGAACGAGAAAAACAGGACCCGAGGAGAGAGUCAACUGUAAACUGGUUCUGUGUGUCAUUAACAGGUUUUUUUUUAUGUUUGAGUUAGCAUCUUAUUUUUAACCCGUUUCCUCAAUUUGUCCUCGUGUUUUGUGUCUGAAGGAUGAGGCUUCAUCAGUCCGCUGUGUGGGCACCGCCAGCCUUCUGUUUGUCCAUUUGAGUGUAUUUUUCAGUUAACUGUACUAUUCAUUUUAACUGUAAUUUUUGCAUUUUGAACAUGGCAUUAUUCAAGCAGGUGCUUUACUUAUUUUCAGGGUACUGAGAUGUAAUAGCUAUCACCCUGUAAUGAAGCUGCACCUCGAUUUGAAGGGUGACUGCGAUCCCAGGUCUGAGGCUUGAGAGAGUAAAUUACAGCGUUUCAACAAAGUCUUGUAUGGACAGGAUAAUAACUAUUCUCCAACUUGAAUUUUUUUUAUGUUUUCAUCUAGCACACUAGGACAGUGACGUGUAAUCCAAUGCCGUCACAUAGUAGUGAGGACCGAAAUAACCUGUAUAAAUCCUGGCAGGCUCCAAGGCUGUCUCAUGAGUUGCCAGCUUGGAAUGGGAAGGUUCCUUGCAUACAUUUAUAAAAAAAACCUUUUGGUUUCUGGGUUAUUGAGUUAAACGUGCAGCAGUAAUCUUAGUAACGAGACAAAGAGUGUACGGUGAAUGAUUUUAUUCUAUGACUUUCACACAUAAACAAAAAGUCUACUUUUCAAGUAGAUGGCUGUUUGUUGUGCUUUUGACACCAUGACUUGAAAAUGACAAAAACAUAUAAGCAAAAGAGCAUUUAGCAACUUCAUAUCUCAAUUUAAUUGGAAAAAAUAAAAUAAAAUUAAAAAAAAAAAUGUAUACAUGUGAUACAGCAAAACAAGCAAACCAAAACAUAACCAUUUUUUAUAAAACAUCUAAUAGAAAUCAUAAGAUAUGAACAAGUUAUUUCUAUUAAUCUAAUUUCCCGAAAACUAGUACAUUCAUAUCUAAAAUGUGGACCUUGCUUAAAUAAGGUAAAUUAAUCUGUCAAUAACAGGGAAAUUGAGGUACAAUGCACAUCUCAUUGAACUGCCAAAUUUGAUCAAUUUAUUAUUAUUAUUUUUAACUUUUAAUUUCUUAGUUAUCUCAUUGCAACCAUUAUUGGCCUUUACUACACGAUGGGAUGGCAGCUGGAGUUUGUCUUGGACAGUGGGUCUGAAGGCAUACCCACGAUGAAUUUACAAUCAGCUGACAAACUACGGC